AGGUAUAAAAUUAGUUCCCUUCACGUUCCUGAAGAACUGGCAGAGAACCCAGCGGAGCUGACCAAACGAGCCGUGUCUCUGGUGGAGCUGGCGGCAGAUUCCUGGAUUGUGACUGGCCGCAGACCCGUCCCCAUUAUGAUGGCAGCCGUCUAUCUGUCCUGGCAGUCCCUGAGACCCACAAAGCUGCGGCUCAAAAGCACUCUGGACAAAUUCUGUCAGAUGGCCAAGGUGAGUAAGCAGACGCCUGCCAUGAAGAGGAUCGCUGAGAUGAAGGCCAUGCUGUGCAAGCUGGCCAACGAGAUUCCGUGGCUCACUGGAGCGGUGACGGCGAGUAACGUGGUGGUCCACCUGGAGGACAUCCUCAAGCACCGGUCCUUCUUACUCAGCCGAGCGUUGAGAGCCAACGAGGAGGCUCUGCUCAAGGAUUCUCAAAAGAUUUACGAAGAAUUCCUAAGCGAGGACGUCGCCUCUUCACAAACCUGCGAACCGCAAACGUUAACUUCACCGUCUUUGGACGAGAGUGAAGCGAAUGAUAAAAGAGCUGCGGAGUCGAACUGGGGGAAGAGGUUACUCUUCGCUCCCCCUUGUGUGAUGAACGCGAAGCGGAGGAGAACGCAGCGGCCGGAGGUCGAGGACGUGACUGGUGACGAAGAAAUCUCCGACACUGAAAUUGACUCUUACCUCCGCACUCCACAGGAAGUCAAAGACUUUGCUAGAACACAGAAGAUGCUGUCUGACUCUGGAAGUAAAACCUCGUAGGAAUGAAUAUGAAUAUACUACAGUACUACUACUACUGUACUGCAGUACUACUACUGCUACUGCACGGCUGAUCUUCAUUCUGUUAUGAUUUUUGUUAAAAGUACGUUAUUUGUUUCUUUUUGUAAAACUGUGUUCUGAAUGUGUUUGUUUCCUUUUAAUAAAGUGAAUCUGUUUGG